ACAUCAGAAGCUCAAAUCCAGAAAUAUCGAACACUGUAAAUUCUUCUUCUAUCAUCCAUGGCCCUAAAUCCUCAGCUUUUGCCUAAUGGCAUGCCCGUUCCUUUCACCAACGAGAUGUUUGUUCUAGUCAGAAACGGCGUUGAAUUCGAAGUCGAUAAGAUCCCUGGAUCUCAGGGAGGUCGUGUUAAAGCAUGGGGCACAAUAUAUUUGUCAAAUAUACGGAUCGUCUUUGUUGCCAGUCGCCCUGUUGGGAAUUUCUUUGCUUUUGAUAUGCCACUGCUUUAUGUACAUGGUGAAAAGUUUAACCAACCAAUAUUUCACUGCAACAACAUUACUGGUCAAGUUGAACCUGUGGUUCCUGAAAAUGAGCAUAGGGCUCUUUACUCCACUCAUUCAUUCAAGAUUUUGUUCAAAGAAGGUGGCUGUGGAACCUUUGUUCCACUUUUCUUGAACUUGAUUUCCUCUGUUAGACGAUAUAAUCAAGUAAAUCAUGAACCCCAGCCUCGCAGGGAUCCUUUACAAGCAGCACAAACUCCUGUUGAUGAAAUGAUGCGACAUGCAUAUGUUGACCCUAAUGAUCCAACAAAGAUCUUUUUACAGCAGCCAACUACGGAGUCUCGGUUAAGGCGACGUACGUACCAAUCUCAACCUGUUGAAGGUUCGAUGUGAACUUAAUCUUGGCCUUUUAAGAUGAUAUUGUGAAGAGACUUGAGUGCUGCUUAUUGUUGGUGUUUAAUUAAAUGCUGCAGCAUCAUGGCAUGGCCUAAUGCUACUAUUUCAUUUCUCUCAUCUCCUUUGUCAUUACCAGAAUUUAUGUAAAAUUUAUGAACGAAUACCUCACAUGUUUAUAUGAAAAUUAUGGUAGUUCCUUG